AGGGUCUGGCCGGGGGCGCAGCGUUGUUGUUUAUCGUGCUCCCUCGAUCUCGACGCGGACUUCCCCACAAGGCCCCGCCCCGGCCUCGAGCUCGAACCGUAGCUCAAUAAGAGAAGGGGAGAGCAAGGCCGAGAUGGCGAUGCCGCGGUACAAGUACGCGCUGGGGCCUGCGCCCGUGCGCUUUCCCUCAACGUCAUCGCGGCCCGCGUCGGAAGCACCCGACCCGCCAUCGCCUCCCAUGCCAUCAUCGUCGUCGUCGCCAAAGCCAGCCGAGGAGCAACGGCGGUCCCGCUGGUCACUCUUCUCCCCCUCUGACUCUCUCGACCCUACCACUGCCUCGUUUCAUCGCCAGCCGUCGGACGAGAAGCGGCCGCGGUGCAAGAGCAUGCACUCCGCGACCGGCCCCUCGCCACGGUCGUCCCGAGCCGCCUCACCCGCUGAGCAGCCCCGCGAACGGCCCCGCUCCAUGUCGCUCUUCUGGACAGAGAUCAGCGCCGAGGCCGCGGGCACGGGCACGGGCAAGCAGACGCCCCUCAUGACGUCUGCAUCCACCACGUACGGCGCCGUCUCGCUCCCUGCCUCCUCUUCCGGCACCCCGCGCCCCGCAACAACAUACCCAGACGACGACCCCUACGGCUACCGCUCCCUCGCGGGGCCCACCCUCCUGCCGUCGUACUACAGCAGCCAGCAGACGGCCGGGCCACAGCCUGCGUCCUCAUCGGGCGCAUCUGCCUCGGCCACCUUCCGGCGCUGGACGGGGCGCCUCGUCGCACUCGUUACCCUUGCUACCGUCGUCUACUGCACGCUCGCCGUCCUCGUGUAAAAUGCAGAGAGCCCCGCAUCUAUCUUCAUUCCCAUUGAAUAGUCCGAGUGAGGAGCCUGCUCGUGAAGAGAUGGGGGAAGAAGGAAGAUCCAUUACAUGAAGAGAGAGAGAGAAAAAGAGAGAGAAAAGAGGAUAUGGAAGGGGAAUACCAAGAGGGAGG